AUGCCAGCCGGACAACUACGCGACAACGUCUCCCGGAUCAAAAAGCCUUCGCCACUGGGAAAAUCCCUCUUUGUGGGCCUUCGUGCAGCAGAUGUAUUCUGGCAAUACAACCUACUCCAUCAAGGAUGGGGAAUCCAGCUGAUCGAGAAACUGGGCGGUCACCCUGUGCAUUCUUCACUGGUCCUCAGCCCUCUGACGCGUACCGGGCUACAUCCUUACUAUGGUCUGGUUACUCUCUUGUCGCUGGGUAGUAGCAUCAAACAGAUUCUCCAUAUCGUCUUUGUCUCCGAACAGGCCAUGGACGUUGGUUCUGGGUUUACAAUUGCCCUUUUCAAUACCAUUUUCAAUACUGUCAACACACUGCUCUCUCUAUGGGCUGUAACAUCCCCGGUUGCAUCUGGACUUGGUUCAACCAAUCUGAUCAAUACAAUCUUGUCUCCGCCCAUCGCCGCGGGCAUAGCUUCCUACGCCAUUGGACUCUCCGUCGAAGCCAUUUCAGAGUUCCAGCGCAAGUCUUUCAAGCAAGACCCCAAGAAUAAAGGAAUACCGUAUGGCGGAGGUCUCUUCUCGCUGGCUACCAAUAUUAACUAUGGCGCUUAUACUAUCUGGCGAGCUGCGUAUGCAUUUACCUGUGGGGGUUUUAUCUGGGGUGCGACGACGUUUGCUUUCUUCUUCCGUGAUUUUGCGACUCGAGGAGUGCCUGUGUUGGAUGAGUAUAUGACCCAGAGAUACGGCGAUGCGUAUCGACAGAUCAAGUCUCGUGUCCGAUACGCUUUGAUCCCUGGUAUCUACUAGGGCUUUCGCGUACGCAGUAGAAAUCCAAAAGUCCGAAACCCGGCUGUACCAAGGUCUACGAUUAUGAGUCAGCGAGUCCGUUAUGCCCGUGUUUCUCAUGGCAUAUAAUGACGUGCUGGUCAAGGUCUUUCAGAGUGCUUUUAUCUUGGGUUGUUUAGUAUCAUUGGGGCCAUGGGUAUUGAAUGGAAGAGCAUGAAAACAAGGAAGGUGGAUGAGAGGGCCUAUUCAGAGGGUAUUGUUUAACUGAUGGGUGGUGCAACUCUCUGAGCCAUAUACGCUACUGAGACUCCCAGGUAGAAAGAUGAACUUUCUUGUUAGCACUGAGG